AUGAAUCUUUCCGGCUGGUCUUGCCAAUCAUCACCGUGCUAUCCAAUGCACUAUUAUUCGUACCCGUACUAUCCAACAGCUUCGCAACUAAAUUCAUCACUCCAAGCUAGUUUGAACUCGUCAUCAGGCUACGAAAGUGCUGCUAAUGAAACCAGUUUGAUCGAGCCGUCGUUCUCACCAACAUCGUUUAUCAAAGAGUGCAACUAUAAUUCUGUUCACCAUCCCCGCGAAAAUAACAAGAGACCAUUGGAAGAAAGUGAUGGUGAAGAGUUUUCCGUUGAGACUGAACAUACUCACAAGAAACGUCGCGUACUUUCACGUCCUCAACGUCAAGAAGCGAAUCGUCGUGAACGUCAUCGAAUGGAAAUUAUCAAUGAAGCUUACGAGCAGUUACGAAAUGUACUACCUUACAAAAAAGGUCGAAAGCGUCAAAAAAUGUCUCGUAUGGAUACAGUUGAUGGUGCUAUUCGUUAUAUACAAUCGCUUUUGGAAAGUCUUCAUGGACCAAAUUAUAACUUUCAUUCGAGUGAAUAA